ACAAGCAGCACCCCAAGCGGGGGAGAGAAUUGAGAAGAGGGGGAGCUGUGAUACAAAGCGCUUGAAUUAUCAAGAAAUAUCAGUACUUUUGCUUAGGUGUAUCGCCAUAUAAAAUUAUCUCAUUUGAGCAUUUAUUGUCGCUAAAGCAAAAUUUACAGUGAAUGCGUAUGGAUGAUUCAGCAGCGAUCUAGUCAAAGACCAAAGUGUUGAUGCCUUUUUAUUGUCCAGAUUUUCUGUUGCUAUAUUUCAGUUUGUUAUAUUACUUAGGUCAAGAUGUAUAUCAAGAACUGCAUCUUAAUUCUUAUCAUAUGGACAACAUCAUCAUUUGGACGCAUCCAUGAGCUACAAUUGGAGAAUGACUACCGCCGCUUCUUUCCGCUGAGCACCUUUGGCUUCCUAACUGGAGGUGAUCUCACCGUCAACAUCUCUUCGUUCCAAGUUGAUGAUUUAUCCGGAGUGUACGGGUUCACCCUGGACCGGACCAUGAGUGACGCCGUCAACCCCUACCUGGACGGCCACAUGAGCCACUGCACGCUGUCGUCGCCCAUCACCGGCCAGGACACGAGCGCCGCCAUCAUCUACUUUACCUUCGACCUCAAACAGAAGCGUGUCCUGCUGAACUGCAGUCGCAGUGUGACCGACAUUGUCAUCGAGACAGACUCGUCGCGCGCCUCGGAUGACGAGGCCCGCAGCAAGCGCGACUCACUACUGGGCGCUCUGGCCGGCUCGGCGCUCUACAAACAGCGCCACCGGCGCCUGGCCGCCGCCGCGCCCACCGCCGCCGCCGCCCCGGAGCCGGCGGCCGCGAUGCCGGGCCAGCAGCGGUGCGCCUCGUUCGCGCCCAUUCUGCUGCAGCAGCGCACCGACAACGCCACCGGCCAGCCCGUCUUCAGCACCGCCUUUGUGAUCCGCGUGCUGUCCCACGGCGGCGAGGGUCUGUACAACCUGUUCUUCCACAACUGCCAGAACUACGGCAGCCAGAAGGUGGAGGCCAGCAUGACGGUGGAGAUGAUCGAGCGCAACAUGGACAGCUACCUGUCGGCCGGAGAGAUGCCGCUGCCGGCGCUCUACUUCAUGAUGGCCGUCCUCUUCUUCAUAUCGUCCUGCUUCUGGAUCUUCAUACUUAGGAAGAGCAACCGGGCGGACGUGUACAAGACGCACUACGUGAUGGCCGUGCUGGGUCUGAUGAAGGCGCUCUCGCUGCUCUUCCACGGCAUCAACUACCACGUCAUCGAGGUCAACGGGUUCCACAUCGAGGCGUGGGCCAUCCUGUUCUACAUCACCCACCUGAUGAAGGGGGCGCUGCUGUUCGUCACCAUUAUCAUGUUGGGCACCGGCUGGACGUUCAUCAAACACGUGCUGGCCGACCGCGACAAAAAGCUCUUCAUGAUCGUGAUUCCGCUGCAGCUGCUGGCGAACGUGGCGCAGAUCAUCCUGGAGGAGAGCGAGGAGGGCGAGUCGGUGCACACCACGUGGCGCGAGAUGCUCUACCUGCUCGACCUGAUCUGCUGCGGCGCCAUCCUCUUCCCGGUGGUCUGGUCGAUCCGGCAUCUCCAGGACGCCUCCGAGACGGACGGCAAGGCCGCAAUGAACCUCAAGAAGCUGAAGCUGUUCCGGCAUUUUUACAUCAUGAUCGUGUGCUACAUCUACUUCACACGCAUCGUCGUCUACCUGCUGCAGAUAAUGGUGCCGUUCCAGUACGCCUGGCUGGACGACAUGUUCAGAGAGAUGGCCACCUACGUGUUCUUCGCCGUCACGGCCUACAAGUUCCGGCCGGCCGACAGCAACCCCUACUUCCAGGUGCCGCUGUCGGAUGACGAACUGGAGCUCGAUGACGUUCUGACCGAGUCCGGCGUGACGGAGGGACUGAGCCGGGUGCGGAACCGCGCCGACGCCUCCGACGCCGCUGUCGACUCGGAGGAGGCCACCACGCUGUCCAAACGGGAGAGCAGCCACGACUACGACUGAGUGCCUCCGGAGCCCCGUCCUCUGGAGACCGGGCGAGGGAGCCGGCCCGUACCUCCGGCUGUGUGGGGGAGGUCCCAGGCCUCCCACUGAGCGCCCGAACCUCCGGCUGGGGGAGGGAGACCCGGGCCUCCGGAGAGCAGCCACGACUACGGCUGAGCGCGUCCGUAUAUCCGGCUGUGUAACUGAUUGCCCGGAUCCCCGGAGACUGUGACUGAAUGCCCGGACCCCCGGAUCAUGUGUUAGGGGGUGUCCAGACCUCCGGAGACUGUGUCCAGACCUCCGGAGACUGUGUCCGGACCCCCGGAGACUGUGACUGAAUGCCCGGACCCCCGGAGACUGUGACUGAAUGCCCGGACCCCCGGAGACUGUGUUAGGGGGUGUCCAGACCUCCGGAGACUGUGUCCGGACCUCCGGAGACUGUGUCCGGACCUCCGGAGACUGGUGGAGCGCCGGAGGCUCCGGAGAGUGUGUGUCUGGCCGUCCAGAUACAGUGUGGCCGUACCCAGAUCAUUGGGGGACUAUUAGCGAACCGGUGCGACCGCCUCGGAGGCCCCGAGUGGGCUGAUCUGUAGCUAUCGGGCUGUCUGCGUAUGUCGAGCGGGCAGAGUCGGCUGUCAGAGGCCGGUGCGGCUGUCUAGCCCUCUGGUUAUCACUGGCAGAUUCGGCUGUCUGUAGCCAUUCCGCUCUCUGGGUAUCCGGAGCAGAGUGGGCUGUUGGUGGCCGGUCCAGUCACCCCGCUCUCUGGGUUUGUCGGGCAGAGUGGGCUGUCUUGGCCACCCCGCUCCCUGGGUAUCCGGAGCACGCUCUCUGGAUAUCCCGGGCAGAGUGGGCUGUCUGCAGCCACCCCGCUGUCUGGGUAUCCGGAGCACGCUCUCUGGGUAUCCGGAGCAGGGUGGGCUGUAAGUCUGUAGUCACCCCGCUCUAUGGGUUUGGCGGGCAGAGUGGGCUGUCUUAGCCACCCCGCUCCCUGGGUAUCCGGAGCACGCUCUCUGGAUAUCCCGGGCAGAGUGGGCUGUCUGCAGCCACCCCGCUGUCUGGGUAUCCGGAGCACGCUCUCUGGGUAUCCGGAGCAGGGUGGGCUGUAAGUCUGUAGUCACCCCGCUCUAUGGGUUUGGCGGGCAGAGUGGGCUGUCUUAGCCACCCCGCUCCCUGGGUAUCCGGAGCAGAGUGGGCUGUCGGCGGCCGGUCCAGUCAUCGCGCUCUCUGGGUUUGGCGCACAGUUACUCGCCGGUACCAGUGUCCCGGCUGGGCAGUCCGUAGCCGCCCCAUUGCUUUAUCUGUUUAUGCCCGGCUGAGACGACAGUCGCAGUUUGUUCGGUAGGUGAGGUCUGCGGUACCCGUGACCCGGCUAGGCCACCCCGCUGGGCUCAGACGACAGUCACAGUGUGUUCGGGAGGUGAAGGGACGGGUGGGACGCGAAUCAGUGGCGCGAUCUCGGCGGUUUGGGUGUAUCUAUGUGUGUGUAUCCUGACACGUGUGUGCUCAGGACGUGUUGGCGGGUCGGGGUGCGCCUGUCGCCGGCGGGAAGAAGGCAGGUACCAGCCAUGUACAGACGGUUGUGUAUGAUUAUAUUCCUGGUGAUCUGCGCCGCGUUCCACGUUAUUUAUGUACGCAUUCAGCGGUAUGUAUAGUCAAAUUUCCGAGUCGCUCUUCGAAGGGUAGGUGCCAGAGCUGUGGCGGCGGAUAGGCGCCGGUCUGCGAUGUAUCGAUAUGUGUGGGCUCAGCGUGCGGGCUCGGGUGGUAUAACUAAUGCGCUGCGGCGCUGCGAGUCAAAUAUACACCGGCCAGCCUGCCCA